AUGGAUAUCUCAUAAAUUAUGGAUAUCGGUCUUACUUUUUAAGAGAAAUAAGUAAAGAUCUAAAGUCAAUUAGAUCUUCUAUUGAUUAAGUACUUUCAAGUAUGA